UUGGGGUUCUGAAACCCUGUUCCUACCCUUUAUAAACUAACUCAUGGCUCAGGUACACUAUUCAUAACGCUAAAAACAUCACCCCUACAUCGUUUAAUUACUUGAUCGUCAAAGUGUCUGCAGGUACACCAGCCUCUCUAUGGAGCUGCUGAUCAAGAUCAAUUUCCUCAACCAACUCUCAGUCCGCAGAUUGUAGGUCCGGUAAGGACCACUUUUUAAUUCAAAUGUAAAUUGCUCAGAUACAUGUUUUGAAAUCCAUUAAACAAAUGUUAAACAUACAAUUGAAUUACUCAAACAUAUCCUGUAAUUUAGAAUAUAUCCUGAUUCCUAUGGGAUCCAAUUAUGGUAAAUAGAGACUGGUAGACCAGGGAACUCUUUCCUUACACAUGCCCAAGGUGUGACUAAUAUUUUGCUUUGUUUAUUGCAAUAAAAGUUGACACGGAACCUUCAAAAAAGAGAUAAGUUUGUUGGGGGUUGAAGCUGUGUAAUAUUGUUGACAUUUGCAUCUUAGUCCUUCCCCCACAAAGUGCUCUACUCACUCUCUGCUUAUAUAAAGUACCUUGUUAAUUUGAAUUUCACACUCAUCAAAAUUAAUUCAUUGUACCUCAAAUACACACAAACUUUCUCUCUCUUCUUUCUAAUGGAGUUUCUCACUUUACUUUGUGCUUUUACAAUAAUGCACUUGUGCUACCUGAUCUGGAAAGUUUAUGAUCAGAGAAGGGACCAACAGUGUUACAUAUUAAACUACCAAUGUUACAAACCAGGUGAUGAAAGAAAGCUUGGAAGCGAACGUUGUGGAAAGAUCAUAGGAAAUAAUGAUGAUAUUGGUCUGAAUGAGUGCAAGUUCUUCCUUAAAGCCAUUGUCAACUCAGGCAUUGGUGAGGAAACUUAUGCUCCAAGAAACUUCGUCGAAGGCCGAGCCACAAACCCAACAUUGCAAGACGGAAUCGAAGAGAUGGAAGAGUUUUGUCAUGAAAGCAUUGCAAAACUUCUAAACAAAUCAGGCAUUUCACCAUCGGAGAUCGAUGUUCUUGUGGUAAAUGUAUCUUUGUUUUCUGCUAUCCCUUCUUUAACUUCUAGAAUCAUUAACCAUUACAAAAUGAGAGAGGACAUAAAAGCUUAUAACCUAGCUGGUAUGGGUUGUAGUGCUAGUCUUAUUUCAUUAGACAUUAUUCAAAACAUUUUCAAGUCACAAAAGAACAAGUAUGCUCUUUUGUUGACAUCAGAAUCUUUGAGUCCAAAUUGGUAUUCAGGCAACAACAGGUCAAUGAUCCUUGCAAAUUGUCUUUUCCGCAUUGGCGGAUGUGCAAUUCUUCUCACAAAUAAAAGAUCCUUAAAGCAUAAAGCUAUACUAAAAUUGAAGCAUUUAGUUAGGACUCAUCACGGUGCCAGAGAUGACGCACAUAACUGUUGUAGUCAAAAAGAAGACGAACAAGGUAAGCUCGGUUUUUUCCUAGCUAAAGAUCUUCCAAAAGCCGCUACAAGAGCUUUCGUCGAUAAUUUAAGAGUGUUAUCGCCUAAAAUUUUACCAGCAAGGGAAUUAUUUAGGUUUCUAUUCAUGUCAGUCAUAAAAAAAGUGUCAAAAUUUCAUGUCCCUAAGUCAGCUGCAGGUGGUGUUGGUGGUACAAGUAACAAAUCACCAUUGAAUUUCAAAACCGGCGUUGAUCAUUUUUGCCUUCACACUGGAGGAAAAGCUGUGAUCGAUGGAAUAGGUAUGAGUUUAGAUCUGAAUGAGUAUGAUCUUGAGCCAGCAAGAAUGUCCUUGCAUAGAUUUGGUAACACAUCAGCAAGUAGUUUAUGGUAUGUGUUAGGAUAUAUGGAAGCUAAGAAGAGGUUGAAGAAAGGUGAGAGAGUAUUGAUGAUAAGUUUAGGUGCUGGCUUUAAAUGCAACAGUUGUUUGUGGGAAGUAAUGAGAGAUGCUGAUGAUAGAAAUGUGUGGGACGAUUGCAUUGAUUACUAUCCACCACACUCCUUAGCCAACCCAUUCAUGGAGAAGUACGGUUGGAUUAACAAUCUUGAAGAUGCAAGCACUUUCAAACACAAGCUUGCUCAGUUUCUUCAAAACUGAUUAUUAUUAUUAUUAUAUUCAUAUUACUUACUCCCUCGGGUUCUUAAUAUAAGAAACAAACUACUUUUUAUUCUUCAUUGAAAACCAGAUAUUUCAAUAAACCUAAAAAGUAGUUUGUAUCUUAUAUUAAGGAUCAGAGAGAGUAUAAUACAAGGUUUACAUGUUUUGUAUUAUUAUUGUAUCUUAAGUAUAUUUUCAUAGAAAGGAAGAAGAAAAAAAAGUUUUUAUAAUUCAGGUCUUUUCUUUAAUACAAUAGGUAUGAUCAAAUCAUGCUUAUUGUGUUUUUGGAUUUCACUUCAAUUUUUAUGUUCCCUCAAGGGUUCCUUAGCCAAUAAGGUGUUUUGUUUCUAAACUCUAUAUCAUAUUGAUUACUGAAACCUACCACAGUACUUUGUUGUUUAAUGUUAAAUAAUAAUAAACGUGUAUUACUGUAUGUUUCUUUUUCCUAGCUUUUAUUUUAUUAAACUAAAAUAUAGGUUUGUGUUAAUAUAUAUUCUCCUGUUCUUGGCAAAAAAUAGUUGUAACAUGAAAUGUUGUACUUGUUUUAUUAAAUAGUACAUGUAAUGUAAUAUAGGAAAGAUGUUGAGUUUUGGUGGGGUUGUGUGAA